AUGACGCAAUCGAAAAUCAUCGAGGUGCUUAAAGCCGAGGGCAUGAACAAGAAUUCGCUUUACGACCUGAAGCUCAUGGACAGUGCGCUUAAAGAAACACAGCGAAUAAAACCAGAUCAAAUGCUAAACCUGAGAAGGAUGGCCACGGAUAAUCUUGUCACCUCUGAUGGUCUUGAGAUUAAGAAAGGUCAAAGAGUUGCCGUGGAUUUGGGCAACAUGGUCGACUUAAAGGCAUAUCCGGAGCCAGAGAAGUUCGACAUUUACCGCUACUACAACAUGCGACAAAACCCUGCCACCGCCGUCAAGUCCCACGCAUUUUAUAUUAUUUGUAUUGGAACAAGGUCCCUCUAG